CCCAGUAUUCAAAUUGAUUCAUCAUUCACGAACCAUCGCAGAAAGCAAGACUAUUGACACUAGCUAAAGUUAUUGGUGAUCUAAGACAACUCUUUGUUCGUUGUGGAGAUGGAGACCGAGCACAAGAAACAAGAACUGAAGCACCUUGGAUUUGUGAGGUUGGCCGCGAUUAAGGCGCUGGUCUGCGUGUCGAGUCUGUACGACUACGCCAAGAGUAACUCGGGGCCGUUGCGAUCGGCGGUUGGGACCGUGGAGAGUGCCGUGACAACCGUCAUCGGACCUGUCUACAAGAAAUUUAAGUACGUUCCUGUUGAUGUCCUUGUUUUUCUCGACAAGAAGGUGGAUGAAGCUUCACACAAGUUUGAUAAACAUGCCCCACCAACGGCAAAGCAUGUUGUGAGCCACGCCCAUAUAUUAAUAGAGAAGGCCUUACAGAAAGCCCAGAAGUUUGUAAGUGAGGCUCAGACUGGAGGGCCACGAGCAGCUUUGCACUAUGCUGCUGGAGAGUAUAAACAGUUCGUGCUCGCAAGUUCUGCUAAGGCAUGGCAUAAACUCAACCACUAUGCAAUCUUCCACACUGUGUCGGAUAUUACUGUGCCAACGGCUGCACACUGGUCGGGCAAGUAUAACCAUGUUGUUUUGGACUUGAACAAGAAGGGUUAUCCGGUCGUGGGCUAUCUUCCUUUGGUUCCCAUUGAUGAAAUUGCCAAGGCUUUUAAGCAGACUGAAGCAGAGAAGAAAGCAAAUGAGACAGAAGCAGAGAAGGAAGCAAAUGAGACAGAAGCAGAGAAGAAAGCAAAUGGGCCUGAAGCAGGUUCAAGCUCAGAUUCUGAUUAAGAAGUUAAUCUGAAGUUAUUUUUUCUUCAGUUUGCUUUACCUUGUUGUCUGGCUCGCUAAAAUGUAGUAGGCUGUGUAUUUUGUUAAGUAUUUGUAGCAAUGUGGAUAGUCAAUAACUUUGUAAAUGACUUCUAGACUUUCCUCAUGUGAAUUAAUGCUGCAUAAAUUCUGUUAUGGGAACUGUUCUUGUUGGUUCAGAUU